AUGGCAACGAUGCUCGACCUUCCACGUGAGCUCUACCUGGGCAUCUGCGCCCUGCUGUCCGCUCACCACCUCGCCAAUCUGAGUGGCGUGACCAAAGACCACUACCUGGCAGCUCAGCAACCACUGUACAACCACAUCCAACUAACAUCCUACAAGAAGCUGGUCCGGCUCACCGAGACGUUAUCCAAGAAUCCAGUCGUCUCCACAAUUAGUCCACAGCAACGACUCCGUUGGUUUAAGCUGAGCGAGGAGCAACUUCUAGAGCGAAACAUCAAGACCAUAGCCCUCAUCCUUGACAGGGCCAAGGACGGCCAUAAGAUUACCGGAGCAGUGGUCGCCAAUUGUCUCGGCGCAAUCAGUAGGAAAUGCUACUCGGUCAAGAUCUCCCUCACCCUCCAUGGAGGAUGGCCCGGAUGGCAGAAGCAGUUGGAAAGGUUUGGUAUGAGUAAUGUGACUGAAUUGACUCUUUUCAUUGGAUCAGAAAGUAAAAACGAUCAGGGGACUGAUACUGAGGCUGGCGCACGACUCUGGGACCUGGUGUUCUCUGGGAGCUGCUUUUCUGACUUGAAGCGUGUGUAUAUCAACACUGCGGUCGAUGAUCUCGACGGACUGCCGGAAGAUCUUUUACACUCCGUAGGGCGAGCCUACCCGGUCUCUGCCAGCCUCGAUUGGGAGCCUAUUGUUAAGCCUUCGAAGGAUACAGCAGUCCUAUUCGGCCUCCGCAAAAUGGAAGCGAUUACACUAGCUCACACCACACGCCUCACAGUCGACACCAUGACCUCCCUCUUUGCCUCAGAUCUCAUCCCCACACGACUCACAAAGCUUGAAAUCGUCGAUUGUCCCAACCUGCAUCCGGUGCGACAUCUGAGCGCGAUCUGCACACUUUUGCAACGAGCCCUGCAGCUAGUGAAGCAUCUCAAGCUCCACCUUUGCAGACUACCAUCUCAUGAGGCUGGGCUGGAUGGUCAAUAUGGAGCUCGAAUACAAGAGCAUCCAGAAGAGCAUCCUUGCACCAUCAUCCGUGAGCUCGGCAAGACUAUACCACAUCUCGACAUCGCCAUGCCAUUCGUAUGCACGGAGAUCCUACCGCUAGCCAGCAAGAUGUCUGCACGAAGGAUUCGUCACCGUGAUACCGAGAUGGAACUCCCGGCCGUCCCAUUUGAGCCCUACGAUACUUUGCCCGAGAGACUGGUAGAGGCAGAGUACAAGUAUAGGCGGGUGAUUUGUUGGAAGGAUGUAUGUGGCUACGGGUACCCUUGGCGAAAUCUUGUCGAGGUCGUCGAAGGUAUGGGUGUAGAAGACGAGAGAAGUAAGACGAGUUGGGAGUUUCUGCACAAAUACGAGAUGAUGGGUGUCUGGAAAGUCGAUGGGUGUUUACCUGUUGAGCUGGUAAAUCAAGAGAUUUUGGAGAGGCCGUUCGUGACUGGCGGAACAUGA